ACAAUUGUGCACAUGCGCAGAGCAAAGGCAACGAAUCAGCCAGUAUAAACUCACAUGCGCAGUGGAGCUGGACACAAACUAAAGGAAUUUUAGACCCUGUGGUGUUCGAACCGGGUUGCUAAAUUCGAAUUAAUUAGGAAUUCUGACUUCUGGGAAGAGCACAGAGCUGUUGCAGCGGCUGCCGUCUCCAAAUCCGGCACCAUGGCGGACAUGACAGUGGAGGAUAUCAACCUGCGGGCCAACCAGCUGACAGAUGAGUCCCUGGAAAGCACCAGGAGGAUGCUGCAGAUGGCAGAGGAGAGCAAAGAGACUGGAGUGAAAACCCUCACCAUGCUGGACGAGCAGGGAGAGCAACUGCACCGCGUGGAGGAAGGAAUGGACCAGAUCAACGAGGACAUGAAGCAUGCUGAGAAGAACCUGACAAACCUGACCAAGUGCUGUGGGCUGUGUGUGUGUCCCUGCGACAGAGCGAAGAACUUCGAGGUGAGCGACCGCUACAAGAAAACCUGGGGCACCAGCACAGAGAGCUCUGCCAACGUGGUGUCCAGUCAGCCCUCCGGCACCACCCAGAAUGGACAGCAGACCUCGGGAGGACCAGGGGGACCCUACAUCAAGAGGAUAACGAACGAUGCCCGGGAGGAUGAGAUGGAGGAGAACCUGGACCAGGUGGGCAGCCUCAUCGGGAACCUGAAGAACAUGGCAUUGGACAUGGGCACCGAGAUCGAGAAGCAGAACAACCAGAUCGACCGCAUCACCGUGAAGGCUGAAACAAACAAAGUGCGCAUUGAUGAGGCCAACCAGAGAGCGAAUAAACUCAUCAAGUAGAUAGAGCACUUCUGUGGGGUGAGGAAAAGAGCAACCUUUGACCCCUCCUUCUGGACCUCGAGCAUUCUCCAGCUUCCACUUCAGUCUGGACUCUCUUCCUACAGGAUAUCUAUCCCCUCCUCUCCUCCUUUACAAAAUCAAGCCAGGGUGCUCAUUGCAGCGACGGGAUGUGUGAAGGUGGCACUAGGAAUGGCAGGGCAGUCUGGGAUUGCCUUCCAAUCUGAACAAGAAUUUACACGAGUCACACAGCAGUGCAGCACUUAAGAAACGGGUCUGUGCCUCAGAAAUGCCAGAGAUGGUAGAGUUGGGGAUGUACAACCUGAUGACUGUGUCCCCUACACAAGCCUGUCAGAAAUGCUAAUAACCAACACUGAGAUGGUUAAACAUGUUUUGGCCACAAAAAAUAUUCAAAAAGAAAACACACUUAUUUUAGAUAAACACAUUUAUUCCAGGAAUUUCAACUCCUUCCAUGCAGCAUAGUGUAGCUGUGGUUGCUCACCCCUGAUUAUUAACCCCUGAUUAUUAACCUUGAUUUUAAUGAUUGAGCAUGUAAAGUUAAAGAAAUGUUAUUUGCAGGAAACAGCCAUAUAACCCCAGCUAGUUAACCCUAACCAUCCCACCCCUGGGGUUAUAUGGCUGUUUCCUGCAAUUAACAUUUCUGAAACUUUACAUGCUCAAUCAUUAAAAUCAAGGUUGUCCAGUAAAACUUCUCGGCUUUUCGGCCUGGGGCCUGAGUCUGUCCAGCGUAUUGGAGUUUUUCAGCGUAUCGGUUACAAUACAGUAAGUAAGCAAUCAAUACAGUAAGUAAGCAAUCAAUACAGUAAGUUGUACAUUUUCUAGUGGCAAUUUGAGAUCGUCACACUUUACAGCUAUCACAUUUUAAAUUAUGCCGUCAUAUUUCUGUAUAAAAAAAGUGCAUGCAUUUAAAAAAAUAAUGUCGAGUACUUGCACAUCAUUCAGUUAAGUUUGUGUCUGCAGUAGCUUGAGAUUUUACCAGCAUCAUAGCGCUGAAUUUGUUGGUAAGCAUGAUGUCAAUAAUUUAAAGAAUGCCUCAGCCCUCCCUCAUUUAUGGAAGUCGGUUUUACAGCAAAAUGUUCCUUGUGUAGAGUGGGAAUAGGGUACCUUUUUGUUUGAACCGUUUACGUCUCCUCUAAAAUUAUAAUGCGUUCGGUGCAGCCCAGAGAGUAACAUCCACUGGGAUAUUAAAGGCAGGGCAGGUUGUUGUGAAGCCAAUAGACCUUUGGGUUCUGCACAGAGUAACCUCUCCUCUCGCAGUCUUAAUGAUUUUUGCUUGUUUUAAAAACUGUUCUAGCGCUAACGAUUUUAAAAAGUAUCUGUUUGAUCCCAACCACUCCCAUGUCCCUAUAGGAUUUCAAUGAUGACUCCUAACCAGGUGACUUCACACUGGUUUUUGGCAGUAUAAUCUGUUUAUGCAAUGGGGAUUCAAAAACCUGUAUAGGGAUGAAACUUGUCUGGAAGGAGGAGUAGAUCAUGGGACAGACGAGUGUGUUGUUGCCACCUCGCACCUUGGCACUGAAUACCAUAUUAUGCAAGGCAGAUUAACCAGGCUGCUUAAAACAGACAAUUGGAUAACCCUGCAGGCCACUCGCCACACUGUGCUUGCUGUUCCUGUGAGCUGCUGCAUUGCACACUGGGUAGUGAUGUCAUUGCAGAACCCUAGCAGUUCUGGGAACAGAGGUGGUCACAUUGAGUAAAGACAUGCUUGGAUGCUGCUCGCUAUGAUUCUAGAUGCGAGUCAGGUGUCAGCCUCUUCCCCAUGGUCUUCUGUCCGUUCCUGCCAUUGCUGUACUGGGCUUAUUGAUCCCUGGCAUGUCUCUGAACCUGUCAAGUGACUUUAGAACCAUUCUGUAUAAUGAAAUCAGACCCUGCAAAAAUGUACCGCUUCAGUUUCUACACAAGAAAUGUUGCUGCUGAAAUUUAAUGUAGGAAAGAAAUUUAGUUGGGCUUUUUUCUUUUGUUUAUUCUUUUGUCAUAUUUUUAAAAAAAAUGCAAAUAUUCAUUUAGAUCUCUGUAGUAAUUGUGAAAUUCACUGCUUUGUAGUUUGUUUGUUUGUGGAAUAUUGUCUCUGCAUAAAUUGUUAUGCGAUUCAAGAAAAGUGCCUUUUUCACAGUAACGUAUAGCAACAAUUCAUUUUAAUUGAUACCUUCAUUCUGAGCCUUUCACUGUAUACAGUUAUGUCUAUUGUUUUAAUAAAGUUUAAUUCAGA